CUUGCUGAGCUUGAGGAGCGAUUGCUCUCCGGUGAUCGGCGUGCGCUUGCCCGGGUUCUCAGUUGGGUCGAGAGCGGCGACCAGCGCGGUCGCGACAUACUGCGGGCGCUGUAUCCGCGCAGCGGUCGUGCGCGCACCAUCGGUCUGACCGGAUCGCCGGGCGCAGGCAAGAGUACGGUGACGAACGAACUCGCAAAGGUUUUCCGCGCCCGAGGGCAAACGGUCGGCAUCGUCGCGAUCGAUCCUUCCUCGCCGUACACGAUGGGCGCCAUACUCGGCGACCGCGUGCGGAUGUCAGAGCUGUAUUCGGAUCCCGAUGUCUUCAUCCGCUCGCUGGCCUCGCGUGGCGCGCUGGGCGGACUGUCGGUUGCGACACAGGACGUCGUUCACGUGCUCGACGCGUACGGCAAGGAUGUGAUCCUGAUCGAGACCGUCGGCGCAGGACAGGACGAGGUCGAUAUCGCCGGCGCGGCGCAGACCACCAUCCUGGUGAACACGCCCAACAUGGGCGACGAGGUGCAGACGCUCAAGGCCGGCAUCAUGGAGAUCGCUGAUGUCCUGGCGGUCAACAAGUCCGACCUGCCCGGCGCGAACCGCAUGGUCUCGGCGCUGAAGGCCCUGCUCUCGCUCAAUCCCGAUCGCGGCUGGGAUGCGCCGAUCGUACCGAUCAUUGCAACCCAGGGCGAGGGGAUCGAGAAGCUCGCCGAAGCCUGCGACGCACACUUCGAGGAGUUGGAGUCCUCGGGCAAGAUGCAGAGGGCGGAGCUUUGA